UCACACAGUGCACUGUGUGAUUCGCACGCACAUGUAACAUGAUCUCAGUCAGUUCUUUAGGAGGACUUGACCAUACAUAAAGUACAAAGUAUGACAUAAAUAUGACGUUGAAAACGCAUAUUUUUAAGAAACUGACCAAGUUUGAAGUUACGAAUUACUAAUUAGAUAAUUGUUACGCUUAUUACACUCAUCUCCACUCAUUAUCCUUCCGUGUCAAGAAAGAAACAGAUAUGUCGCAAAAUAAGGUUCCAAAAGGAUACGAAUUUUUAACUAGUCUGAUGCGGAAUGGAACAUUUUACGACUACGACGGACUCGUCGCUUAUGUCACUGGCGCCAUCAAAAAUCUACUACGUACCUCAAACCUGACCUCAGAUUUUGACCAGUUGCAUCGACUGGCUUGCAUCAUCGUUGUAAGGAGGUAUGGAGAACAAUUGUACAAUGGCAUCAAUAAAGUCAUCACGGACCAUUUGCAAGCCUCGGUGCGACAGACAAUUAGGAGAAGGAUAGACAAAGACGACUUUUUGGAGACAAUCCUCCUUGCAUGGACUGCUCAUAAGGUAGCAGUCAAUACGAUCGUGGAAAUGUGCAUGAACAUGGAUAACAUUUACGUGAAACCGAAUAAACUCGUGGGAUUGCGUACUAUGGGUUUUGCUCUUUUCAAGAGAGAGAUCAUCCUCUGUCGGAAAAAAAUUAGACCCCACAUUUCAAAGUGUCUGAGUGAGUCUAUUUUUCCACCGGAAGACGGAAAACGCACUUGUGGUCCGUCCCUCCACGUUGUCAAGGGAUUGCUAAACUUGAUCGAUGAACUGGAAGAGGUGGACCCGAGUUCCGACGAGAAAGUUUACGAAAAUGUAUUUGAGAAACAUUUACUUCUCCGGUGUGCUGAGCUGUAUCAGGUGGCUGUAAAGUCCUUUACCGAUGACAAGGCGUCCUCAAUGAGCUAUGCGGAGUGGGCUGAAACGAGGAUUUCUCAAGAUUUAAACCACGUCACGCAAUACCUGCGACGUGAAGGACGUGAAGGGACGCUAGCUAAACUGGAAAACGUGAUGGUAGAAAAACUAGUAGAGAGACGAAUCAUGGACAUUUUUGAACCUGCAAAUUUAGAAAAGUUUCAUUUUCUGAAAAACAAUCGAGUCGAAGAAUUGGGCUGGAUGCUGGCCUUGGUUGGUCGCUAUUCCGGUGGAGAAAGUUACAUGAAGGAUUGGAUCUCAGCAUAUUUGAGUAAAGGUGACGACCCAAGCAAGUAUGCGCAUGGAGCAUACAUUUACGGUCCCUCUGGGGUGCAGAAUCUCCUCUCAAUGAAGGACAGGCUGGACAAGUUCGCCCUAGAUUUAUUCUCGAGGGGUCAACUGAUGGGUGACAACGUGAUUCCAGACGACGUUCAAGUUGUCAUCAUCCAGAACAAAUUGUACCCAGAGCUCCUUCCAAAGUAUAUGCGGGACAGGGUAGAACGUAGCGAGGGGUUGGAGCUUUCUCAAGAGGAAUGGGCGUCGUUCCUGUUCAGAACGAAAAAUCUCUUUGAAUUAGUCCAAAAAGUUUUGGAUGAUCAGUUUCUCGAACAUUUGAAAAAAGGUGCUACGCAUCAUCAGGCGAGCAAGUAUCGUAAACAUGAGAUUGCUGUGAAAAUACAGAGGAUGUUUAAAGAUGUGGUGGAUCGUGACAGACUUAUGGACGAUUUCCGGCAUUAUUGUGCUGAGCAGGCAAAUUUUCCCAAGAUGGAUCUGACUUUUUGCGUCCUAACGGCAGAAGUUUGGCCGAUUCCUUGUCCAGUAGACACGAGUGUUUUUCCAACGUAUCUCAUGGAUGAAUUCCAAAAGUUUGAAAGAUUUUAUAUCGGGAAACAUGGAGGAAGGAAGUUAACUUUAAUCCCAUUCCUCGGUACGGCAGAACUCGAAAUCAAAUUAUUUCCAGGAGGAUUGGAACAAGGUGUCUCUAGCUCUAUGAUCUCAACGCGAAAGACAAUCCAAGUCGGGACGAUGGCAAUGUGCGUCCUGCUCCUAUUUAAUGAAAAUGACGAGCUAACAUGGCAAGAAAUUCGGGACCUGAUCAAAAUUUCAGAAACCACAUUGUUUAACUUAUUUUCCGGAGAGAACAAUAUUUUAGUCAAGAGUCCCAGCAUGGAAAAGAUUUCUAUUACGGAUACCUUCAGGAUUAAUGAGUGGUACGGAUCCAAACAUGACAGGCUGAAAACGGACUAAUUCCGAUCGUAGAUUAGCUCAACGUGAUAUAAACUGAGGAGAAAUGCAUGAGAUUAAUUUUGGUGCCAACUUAGUCCGAUAUGUAUUUUUUAAAUGACAACUAUAUUUAUUUUAUUGUUAGUUAAUUUUUUUACACCUUUUUAUUUUUUAUUGUUAUCAUUAUGGAACUUACAAAUUGACGAAAUUGAUGACUUACAUACGCUUAAAUAGUAUUAUAUCUUGUCCAUGGUUUUUGUUAAGAUGUGUCUGCCCCUAUAUAACAAGGCUUGACCUGUAAGUCACUCUCAUAAGUCAUUAUAAUAGUUAUCGACUACAUAGGUACAUACAUAAAUCUCACAAAUGUAGAAUCUGUGAACGAAAGAUUAUAAUCUGUAUAUAUGAUAUUUAUUCUUGGCUCUAUUAAUAAAUAAAGCUACUUUCACGUUAA